AGAUAAUUACUAAAUAUAACUUUUUUAUCAUGAGUGAUUCUUCUGGAAAUUCAAGUAAUGGGUUUGAUAUGCGUCUUUCCUCUUUAACUGUUGGUCAGUUCAAGCAGGCAGUAGAGGAUUUUAGAGAAGGAUCGCAUAUUAAAGAUGUGGUAAUGGUUUGCAAGAGGCAGAAUAUAUCAGGUAUUUGGGAUGAAAAGUUUUCAAAGGAGCCACUUCCCGUGAAUAAAUUUAUGGAAGAGUUUUUGCGUGAUGGGAUAAUUGCUUCUAAUCGGCUUAAACGUGCUUGCAAGUUUCAUCUAGUUACACCACUUAUUCAAAAUAGAACUGUCACCUUAUAUGUAAAAUCUUUCUAG